AUGUUGGUUGCGCCACCUGAUUUGUCCAACUGGUUCUCGGAUGCCUCUUGUCAGCAGUACUAUCAAGCGAAGGAGAACGUUUGCAUCGAUGGGCGCUACCAUUCGGUUGGCCACCUGCUGCCGCCAAACGGGAAUGCCGGGCUUCAACAGAAGGGUGGCCUAAACCGCAACAUUCAGGGCCGUCUCCUGCAAGCUGCAUACGAGACAGCAGAAAGGUUGGAAAGGAACGCACCAAACCUAAAAUUUACGCCUGGUUGGACACCGAAGCUUAAACUGGGACCAGCUUCAGUGAAGGAGACAUACAAGGAAACAGCACUCACUUCGGCAAACGACUGUUCGGCAUACGCAAUCCCGAUCAAACCAACGCAGCUUCUGGUGCUGGACACAUCCUUCAAUGCGAGUUCACGUUGGACAACCAAAAACUCGAUUUCUAGUUGCCUCGUCACGGAUCCUCCAACGCCAACCCACACAAUAUGGUCCUCAGACAACGAUCGUCGAACACAUGAAGAUGUCUCAGUUCCGCUGCUCGAACAGGCCAAGUCUCACAACCAUACAACAAAACAGCCCGUACUGUAA